AUGGCAGGCACUCCUAUUUUCAUCGGUGUCUGCGGAGGCACAGCUUCAGGCAAGACUACCCUUUGCAAUCGAAUAAGUGAAGCAUUAGGUGCAGAAUGCACCGUUCUAGGCAUGGACCACUUCUACAAAGGACUUACAGAAGAAGAGCUUCCCUUAGUCCACGAAUAUAAUUUCGAUCACCCUAAUUCCCUUGACUUUGACGAAAUGUUUAUCGCCAUACAAAAGCUUUUGAGAAGAGAAGAUGCUGAUAUUCCAAUCUAUGAUUUUAAAACACACAGCAGAAAACCUGAAAGGCAAAUGAUAAAGCAUGCCAAUUUAAUUCUUUUUGAAGGAAUCCUUGCAUUUUAUGACAAGAGAUUGAGAGAUCUCAUGAAGCUAAAAAUUUUUGUGCAGACUGAUGAUGAUAUUAGGCUCUGUAGAAGGUUGCUGAGAGAUUCUACUGAAAGAGGAAGACAUCCGGAUGGGAUUCUAAAUCAAUACUUUAAGUUUGUGAAGCCUUCUUAUGAUGAGUACAUAAGACCUACUAUGAAGUAUGCUGAUAUAAUUGUUCCACACGGGGCGCAUAAUGACGUAGCAAUUGAAUUUGUUGUUAUGAACCUUAAAAAUUACCUUGGGAUGCCUUUAAACUAG